GCUGCAGUGGCUGUCACUCAUGCAGGGUGAUCCGGCCUCCGGCGUGACCGGCGAUGAACGGGCCGGGCCGGGGCGGCUCGGCUCGGCUGGCUGUGGGGAUGUUUGCUGCCGUGCUGGCAGGGUUCACCAGUGCUGCUGGAUCAUAAACAUCGCAACGAAAUCCAUGCAUUGCAUCUGCUGCGCUGCAUUGUGGGAUACCUCCCGGUUACUUUCACUUUUGGAGGGACAGUGUGGUCCGUCUACUCCGGACUCGGACUGAGGGCAAUUCCAGACGUGCCUCACCUUCCAGCUUCUCAGAAGUUGAUUCGGUCCCCUGUGGGGUGAAGAGGCCUCGGAGCUUUGCUAGAGUUGGGCGGCGGUCAGAGAGUGAAGCCGAGUCCUGUUCGGGUCAAGUCUCAGCACAGAAUGUGCGAUGGAUGAGGGGAACAGAAGUGGCCCUCACUGUGAGGACGAGAGACCAGGACCUGGGGCAGGGGGUCCGAGGGAGACUGACCACCCACCCCCGUACAGGAAUGGGGAUCACCACCAGGACCAGGAAAACUCUUCAGACAACACCAUGAGGAGGGAGCCCCCAGCGAUGACUGCACUGAACAACUUAAUGCAGAUAAAGUGUGCAGCUCCCAAGGUCACCGAGCACGGGGAGCAAGUUAUAACAAUCCGCCUUGUGAAUGUAUUGGAUCCGGUCUCUUCCAGCUCGAGACACGUUUCUGUCCCAGGCAAUGAUGCUGCUGCCGCACCGUUGUUGCCCCGGGACAAAACGAGCACCUCUCACAAGUUCGCCACAGCACUCACCAACCGACAGCGAGGGAACGAACCUUCGUCCAUCCCGGCCAACUUGGACACUCUGUCCAUACAUCAACUAGCUGCCCAGGGAGAUCUUUCCCAGCUCAGCUCCUGCCUGCAGCAAGGGAGCUCGCUACUCAACGCGCCAGACGAGCGGGGCUUCACACCGCUAAUGUGGGCCGCAGCGUUUGGAGAGAUCGCUGUGGUGAGGUUUCUGCUGCAGAUGGGAGCUGACCCAAGCAUCCUGGCAAAGGAGCGGGAGAGCACGCUGGCUCUGGCCAGCAUCCAGGGCUACACGGACAUUGUCUUGCUGCUGCUUGAGCAUGGAGUGGACAUCAACAUUUACGACUGGAAUGGAGGCACGCCAUUGCUGUAUGCUGUACACGGGAACCACGUGCGGUGUGUGGAAGCUCUGCUGGCCAGGGGUGCGGAUCUGACGAUGGAGGCGGAUUCUGGAUACAGUCCGAUGGAUCUGGCUGUGGCUCUGGGCUUCAAGAAAGUCCAGCAAGUAAUUGAAAAUCACGUACUGAAGCUGCUCCAGAACAGCAAGGAAUAAUCACAGUGCAAGUGGUCGACUCCUGGGGUGGCAAUGAAGAUCCUGCCGUUACUCCCUGCCUACAGCCUGCUGACACUCUCCCAUGGCUAACUGAACAGCUGUCGUCUGUUGCGGAUGAAAUGGAAUCGACCGGCCGUGAACCUGCUGGAUCACAGUGCUUAGUGCAGGAGCAUUUCGACUGUAAAUUGGUGGCAAGUGUCUGUUGUUUGGCACUGGUCUGGAGAAGGCAACCUGCAGAUUUCUAACAUGCAAACAAGACAUUAAAGUUUAUUUUUUUAAUAUGCUUUCCCCAGAUCUGUUGUGAUGUAUUUCUAGAUUACAGCCAGGGAGUUGCAUGUACUAUGAUAUUUCCACGUGUCAUAGAAAACAAUACAGCACGGAUACAGGCUAUUCGGCCUAUAGACUCCACACUGACCAGUGUCCGCUCAGUCCCAGUUUCUUCCAUUUGACCCAUAGCCAUCUAAUAACCUAGCUGGACAACCCAGUGUUGCUCUGUCUUCUUGGAUACGUUGCAGCCACCAAGUGGCAAUCUGCAUGGUGUACACAUGGGCACCACAGUAACAGAGCGAUUUAUGUCAUGCUAUUUCAGCGCCAGCGACAUGGGUUCAAAUCUGCCGCUGUCUGUAAGGGGUAUGUACAUUCUCUCGUGACCAUGCAGAUUUCCUCCCACAUUCCAAAGACGUACAGGUUAGUAGGUUAAUUGGCCACAUUGGUGUAAUUGGGCAGUGAAGCUAGCUGGGCAGCAUCUCUAAAUAAAAUCCUUGUAUCUCCACCAACAUCUGAAUCCCAACAGGCCAGACACUGACCCCAUACCAUUUACUGUGGCGCUUUGAAAAUGGCAACACCUCCUUGCCAAUCUUCACCAGCAGGAAUGUAUGGGAGGCAGUUUCCACAGCUCCCACUAUGGAUUUCAGGGAUUGCACAUGCCCCUUGUCCCAGUUACAGAAUGAGAGUGAUUUGGUGGUCAAUGUUGAUCCUUGUUCACCAUCACAGGCGGUGGGUGCCCAGUAAGCAGCAGCUGUCCGUGUGACUUAAUGUGUGGCCAUAAACUUUAUUAUAUUGUAUGUUUUAUUUAUAGAGCACUUUUCAUACAAAUGUAGUCCAAAGAGCUUUACAAUGGAUAAAAGUACAAAUAUGAAAAUAAUAUAAAAAUAAAUGACAGUUAAA